UUCAAUUCUCACACUGUUUCAAGAAAUGGCAUCUCUUACGCCUAGAGUGUUAAUCAAGCUUCUCCAGACAAUGGACACAAACAUCAAGGUUCGAGGAGAAUAUCGGUCUGUUCUUUUGCAGGUGAUCAGCAUAGUCCCUGCUUUAGCUGGCUCAGAGCUUUGGCCUAACCAAGGCUUUUUCAUCAAAGUCUCAGAUUCUUCUCACUCCACGUACGUCUCAUUGAGAAACGAAGACAACGAACUCAUCUUGAACAACAAACUGGGACUGGGACAGUUCUUCUACGUUGAUAAGCUUGAAGCUGGGACACCUGUUCCUGUAAUGGUGGGAGUUAGACCCAUCUCUGGACGCCAUCCUUUUGUAGGAAACCCCAAAGAUUUGAUGCAGAUGUUGGUUCCUUCUGAGACAACAACACCUCUGCAAGAAGAUAAUCAAAAACAGAAGAAGAACUAUGGUGCAAGAUCAAACGUGGUGGAGAAUCUAAGAAGACGUCAAGAUUUUGUAAUCAAGGAAGAGAAAACAGGUGUGGCAUCAAGAUAUAUGCAAGGUGUUUCAAACACAAGGGUAAGUGGAUCAGACUCGAGUAGUGGCAGUAGCAACAAUGAAAGCGAGACUGGAUCAGUGAAGGCGACUAAGAGAGUUGGUGGUUUGGCUAAGACCAAGCAGAGGGAGCACAAAGAUCAGGUACAUCAAGCUGGUCCUCCACAAUCUCGCCCUGCUACAGCUCCAACGAAGGCAGAGCCAAAGAAACUCUCUCUUAGCUCCACUGUGAAUUACUUAAACAGGAAAAGUAAUUUUUCUGAUGAUGCAUCAUGGAGAUCUCUGCCUACUAAUCUAACAAAAAUGGGUAAAGGAAUGCUGAGAAGGAGAAAUAUUGCUGCUCUGCUUGCCGCAGAGGCACAACGAGAGGCAAUGUCUGCUUCACAUCUUCUCAAGUGUAUCAAUAUGUUUGCUGACCUCAGCUCAAGUGCUUCACCAAAGAAUCCACAUACCUCUCUCAGAAAUUUCUUCAGCCUCCAGAGUCUCCUUGACCAAGAACAAGUCACAUCUGUACCAUCAAAAGACAAAUCACUCCAGCUUUUGAAUAGUAAUCCAAUACCGACUGAGCCUGACAAGUUGAGCAAAAGAGCGAUUCUAACAUCAAGCAGAGCCACAGCGAAGUCUUCAAAAACUAUAACAGAAGCCGAAAAGCUAGAGUGGGUUAAAGGAAAUGGUACAGAAGAGAUAAAAGCAAUGAGAGACACUAUAACACAAGAAACACGAAGCUGGUUUAUGAGAUUCUUGGAAGAAGCAAUUGAUACUGGAUUUCAUACUAGUGUCCAGGUGAAGAAAGGUAAAACAAAAGGAGCACGGGAAGAGGAACCAGAUAAUCACAUUGCCGAGACUUUAUCCCAACUUAAGCAAGCAAACGAGUGGCUUGACAAAGUUAAAAUUGAUCACUCUGGUGAUGAUUCUUUGUUAGAGAACAUAGAACGUUUGAAGAAGAAAAUAUACUCCUGCUUGCUACUUUAUGUUGAUUCAGCUGCAUCAGCUAUCGGAGUAUCAACAAGCUCGUGACUCGUGAGUGACAAGAUGAACUAAGCUACCAUACAAAAAAGAAAUAACUUUACUCACUGAACUAGAACCUAAGCUGUAAACAUUGUGUGCACUGAUUCAUUGUAUAUAAUAGAAAAGGAAAUCAGACAUGUUAAUCUAAUGAACAUUCUAACUGUUGCAGAGAUGGGCCAAUAUAGAACAAAAUUUAAUUGCACUUCU